GAUAAACGGAGUUUGUUUUGGAUGGGGGACAGCCAGGGGAAGAGGUAGCAGAGACUGUGAGAGAGUCAGCGGCCACUCAACGACCAGCACCUGGACGGAACCACGACGGAACCACGAUGUACUCCCAGCUCUGUCCCAACUCCCUCUGGGUCCUGCUGCUCCUCUGCAUCCCUGCUGCACACGCAGCAAAAUGUCCACAGCAGUGCAUCUGUGAUCAGAUCCAGCUCACUGUGUCCUGCGUCAACAAGAACCUGACUGAAGUCCCCCCCACUAUUGAUGAGAUCACAGUGAAAUUAGAUCUACGAGGCAAUGACAUCCAGGAACUUCCCACCGGGGCUUUCAGACAUACUCCCUACCUGACUCACCUGUCGCUGCAGCGCUGUAACAUCCGCAGGGUGAAGGAGGGGGCUUUCCGCAGCCUCGGCCGCCUGGUCUUCCUUAACCUGGCCAACAAUAACAUUGAUAUCCUCUACCAGGAGUCAUUCGACGGUCUGUCCUCGCUGAAGCAGCUUAUGAUCGACCGUAACCGCGUGGAAGAGAUCCAGCCUGGAGCUUUCUCUCAGCUCGGCUUCCUCAACCUGCUCUCCCUUACACACAACCAGCUGGUCUACAUCCCUAACAUGGCCUUCCAGGGCCUGCAGAACAUUAAAUGGCUUCGUCUUAGUCACAACUCUCUGAACUACCUGGACACUGAGGCCUUCGCUGGUCUGUUCACACUCACCCGUCUCAGUCUGGACCACAAUGAGCUGCAGUUCUUCCCCUCUGAGACCAUGACCAGAAUGCCAGAGGUGACUCGUCUCGAUCUGAGCUACAACCCAAUGACUUACCUCGGAGAGGACGUGGUGUCCAUGUCCAAACUGACCCACCUCUACCUGGACCACAUGUCGCUGCAGGACCUGGCCAACACAGCUGUGUCAAAAUCCCCCAACCUCAUCCACCUGGACAUCAGCCACAACCAGCUGCGUGUCAUUCAGCCCUUCUCUGAAGGUACACCCAACCUGGCACGCAUCAACCUAGGUGGGAACCCCAUCUACUGCAACUGUUACCUGCGCCCACUCAGGGAAUGGGCGAUCAGUAGAAAGGUGAAGCUGAUGGGGACAUGUGGAGGACCAGGCCAUCUGUCAGGAGAGAACCUGGAGGCCGUUUACCCUACUGAGCUGCGCUGUCAGAGCCAGGAGGCCAUGCUGAAGGCGGAGUUCGAGGAAGCAAACAGGAUCACGCCACCACCCACUGAAGAGCCAGAGAACAAGGUCAAGUGUCCUGCCAACUGUGCCUGUGAGGCUGAGACUCACCACUCCUCGUGCGAGAACCGCGGUCACACCAAAAUUCCUCGGGGCUUCGCUCCCACCACUCGUCUCCUCGACCUGCGCGGUAACCACUUCCACUACGUCCCUAGCAACAGCUUCCCUGGUGUUAGCCAGGUGGUGUCCCUACAUCUGCAGCGCUGCAAGAUCGUGGAGGUGGAGGACGGUGCCUUCAGUGGAAUGAAGGGACUGAUUUACCUGUACCUGUCAGAGAAUGACCUCACUUCCCUCAGCCCUAACGUCUUCAAAGGUCUCCCUCAGCUGACUUACCUCCACCUGGAGAAGAACCGCUUCACCGGUUUCCCCAUUGGGGCCUUCAAACUGGUGCCCCUGCUGGCACUUCACUUGGAAAACAACUCCAUCACCAAGCUGGAGCCAGGAUUGUUGACAGGAGCUGAGGGGCUCAGAGCCCUCUACCUCACGGGGAACGCCAUCAAUCAUGUGUCACCCAGGGCUCUGGACCAGGCCACUGACCUCGAUACACUCCAUCUAGGAGGAAACAAGUUGAAGGAGGUGCCCACUGAAGCGUUGAGCAGGGCGGGGAACCUCAGAGACCUGCGGCUGUCUGGGAAUUCAAUUCGCUGGGUGGGGCCAAAUGCUUUUCAACCAGUAGCAGGGUCACUAAAGGAGCUGUAUCUGGAUAACAUGGGACUGGAGAAGAUGUCACAGAACUCCCUGGCAGGUCUGGGUCCAGGGUUGAGGAGUCUCUUCUUGGAAGGCAACCAGCUGGAGGAGGUGCCCAACUUCCACCCUCUCACUUCUUUGGAAGUCAUCAACCUGGCCGAGAACCCUCUGAUGUGUGACUGCCCUCUGCUGCCACUGCGCUUGUGGAUUGAGAAAGUCAACCUGAAGGUACGAGCUACCUGUGCCAAUCCCCCUGAGCUGAGGGGUCGCAAGGUCAAGGACGUCAAUGUCUUCAAAUCCUGUCCUGGGGGCGAGAGCCUCCCCGCUGCCCCAACAGUCACCCCAAGGCCCGCCAAAGCACCUAAGGCAACCAAACCCAAACCGAUGGCCCUCAACGGCCUUCAGCAAAUCAAAAUGUACAAAGCCAAAUCCAAACUUCGCAAUAGUCCCAACACGAAACCAGCAACAGCCAAGAAAAACACCAACAGACGCAAUAUGGCCUGAACCUGCUGCCUUCUGUACUGAUGUGUUGAGACCACAGCUUACGGUAAACUGGUAACUGUUUUUGAGGUUAAACCAUGAACUGUAACCUCCCUCCAGUCAGUUUUUACUUUGCCGUCUAAUCGAUAGUGUUGAAAAUCAUCAUCAGUGGAACCUACACAGAGCACAGAGGCUGUUUGUCAGCUCUGCCGUGCUUCACAUUCGCAGCAUUAGAAACACAUUCCCAGCUCGUCAAGCUCCUUGAGCUGCUCUGCUGAACUGUUAAAGUGAAUGUCAUUAGCUUAGCUCAGAAAUGAUGCAGUGUUUGGCUUUAUGCUAGUUACCCUUAACCACUACAACACAAAUGGAGAAUGUACCCGUCAUGUUCGUAGAUAGUCUGAGACAAGGCUCAAAUCACAAAGUUCGUUUUAUCAAUGGUUUCAUGUUCACGGAAAAAAAAGAAUACAUCUGAACAGAAAACAGGAAAACAAUAAAACAUUACAACAAA